CUCCUGGAAGCCUGUGACCAGCAGCUGAAGCCAUGGCCACCACCACGUGCCAGGUGGUAGGGCUCCUCCUGUCCCUCCUGGGUCUGGCCGGCUGCAUAGCCGCCACUGGGAUGGACAUGUGGAGCACUCAGGACCUGUAUGAUAACCCAGUCACCUCCGUGUUCCAGUAUGAAGGGCUCUGGAGGAGUUGCGUGCAACAGAGCUCGGGGUUCACUGAGUGUCGGCCAUACUUCACCAUCCUGGGUCUUCCAGCCAUGCUGCAAGCAGUGCGAGCCCUGAUGAUCGUGGGCAUUGUUCUGGGGGUCAUCGGCAUCCUCGUGUCCAUCUUCGCCCUGAAGUGCAUUCGCAUUGGCAGCAUGGAUGACUCUGCCAAGGCCAAGAUGACUCUGACUUCUGGGAUUAUGUUCAUCAUCUCAGGAGUCUGUGCAAUCAUUGGUGUGUCUGUGUUUGCCAACAUGCUGGUGACCAACUUCUGGAUGUCCACGGCCAACAUGUACAGCGGCAUGGGUGGGAUGGUGCAGACCGUUCAGACCAGGUACACUUUUGGUGCAGCUCUGUUCGUGGGCUGGAUCGCUGGAGGCCUCACACUAAUUGGAGGUGUGAUGAUGUGCAUCGCUUGCCGUGGCCUGACACCUGAUGACCGCAACUUCAAAGCCGUGUCCUACCACGCCUCUGGCCAAAAUGUUGCCUACAAGCCUGGAGGCUUUAAGGCCAGCACUGGCUUUGGGUCCAACGCCAGAAACAAGAAGAUAUACGAUGGGGGUGCCCGCACAGAAGACGAUGAACAAUCUCAUCCUACCAAGUACGACUAUGUGUAGUGCUCUAAGACCCCCCAACACGUGUGCAGAAGAAACCCUUCCCCAAGAAGAGCUCACCCCAAAGCAAGAGAUUCUACCUUGUUCCCUUGUUGCUUUUGACUGAUGGUUGAAAGUUGGUAAAGCCUUAAUUUCAUCCGUGGGGAGGCUAGACAGUCUUGGCCACACGUCUCUGUCUCUAAAUACUCCAUCACAAAACAACCGAGUUACCAUUUACGGGUUAAGAGACUGUCACACCCACCCUUCCCAAUCCUCUGUUUUUUUACCAUAGUAAAUCUGGUGAUGGAAUGUAAUUCGACUUUGAUAAUUUCUAGAAACUUAAGCCUGAUGAUGAUCUAUUUCCCAGUUUGACCCCACCCCCCAGGGAAAUUUUAAAAGGGAAAAAAAUAGAUUAAAAGGCAUUAUUUACUACUCAAUUUUGCCUUACCAACUUCACUGAUAAUAAUGAACACCGAUUAGAGAAAGAAUGCUAGAGGAAAGAUGGUUGUGGUCGCCCCAGUCUGUCAUCUGAACCCCUCAUACAUGGUGAUCUAGAACAUUAUUAGCCACAGUGAUCUUCAAAGGAGGCAAACAAGUCCUGUCUGUUUCUCUUGGCAUCUGCUGAUUCCAACAAGACCAUUCCAGAACUUUCCACUGGAAGUCCUCUUCCUCUCAGAAGUCAGAAAUUCUUCCUAGAAGAAUAAGAAAUAAAUUCUUUUGGUAACCUGA